CAACGACAAGCACCACCAGAUGACCAAUGGCACAAAGUCAAGGGCUGAUGUGGACGACAACAUUGUUAGGGAGCUUAUCAGCAGGUCCCAGGAGGCUAAGGAGUUUGCCUACUGCCCCUACAGCAAGUUCAGAGUGGGAGCGGCACUCUUGACACCUGAUGGGACCAUCUUUACAGGCUGCAAUGUGGAGAAUGCAUGCUACAACCUCGGGAUGUGUGCUGAAAGAGUGGCCAUAUCCAAAGCUGUCUCGGAGGGACACAGAAGUUUCAGGGCCAUCGCAAUCGCAAGUGACCUAAAUGAACAAGUCAUUUCACCAUGUGGAGGUUGCAGGCAAUUCAUGAGAGAGUUUGGCACUCACUGGCACGUGUACAUGACAAAGCCUGAUGGAUCUUACCUUCACAUGAAUGUUGACGAGCUUCUUCCUGAAUCAUUUGGGCCGGAUGACCUGAAAGGGAGAAAAGUGUGAAACUUUAGAAAUGGUGCUUAAGAUUUGCCUGUAAAAUGAACACUUGUGGUGACCAAGUAGGGCUAUUUCAGUUGAAAAGUACACAGCCCCCAUGAUAAACAUGACAGGACUAAUGUUUUUGAUUGUGUGUUUGUUUAUUUUGUGA